AUGUCUCUGCUGCCCCCCGAAGUUCAUGCCGCCCUCUCUCAGUUGCUACGCGCACUGAGCACCCCGGACAACAACAUCCGCUCGCAGGCGGAAGAGCAGUUGAAUAAUGACUGGAUUCAAAAUCGUCCGGAUGUCCUCUUGAUGGGCCUUGCGGAGCAACUUGAGGGUGCUGAAGAAACAGGUACACGUUCAUUCUCCGCUGUCCUGUUCCGACGAAUUGCGACCAAAACCCGGAAAGACCCUGUUACGAACGAGGCCAAGGAGCUUUUCUCAACUCUAGCCCGUGAGCAGAGGCUGGUCAUUCGGCAAAAGCUAGUUACCUGUCUCACUACCGAGUCGGCGAAUGACGUCCGAAGAAAGAUUGGUGACGCAGUGGCCGAAAUUGCGAGGCAAUACACCGACAACGGAGAUCAAUGGCCGGAAUUGCUAGGUAUUCUAUUUCAAGCCAGCCAAUCCCCUGACGCGGGUCUCCGAGAGGCUUCCUUUCGCAUAUUUUCGACGACCCCCAGUGUUAUUGAGAAGCCUCAUGAAGAUGCUGUCAUUGGUGUUUUCGGAAAGGGUUUCCGGGAUGAUGUCGUUGCGGUGCGCAUCGCAGCCAUGGAGGCUUUUGCUUCAUUCUUCCGCUCCCUCCCCAAGAAGUCUCAACCGAAAUUCUUCGGACUCAUGCCGGAGAUGCUCAACGUUCUACCCCCUCUGAAGGAGUCGUCCGAGAGUGAUGAGCUUUCAUCAGCAUUUUUGGCUUUGAUUGAAUUAGCGGAAAUCUGCCCCAAAAUGUUCAAGGGCCUGUUUAACAACUUGGUCAAAUUCAGUGUCAGCGUUGUCGCGAACAAGGAGCUCAGUGAUCAGGUCAGGCAGAACGCGUUAGAGCUGAUGGCUACAUUUGCGGAUUACGCCCCCGCAACUUGCAAGAAGGAUCCCGAUUUCACAACACAGAUGGUGACCCAAUGUUUGAGCCUGAUGACCGACAUCGGUGAGGACGACGAUGAUGCGUCUGAGUGGAAUGCAUCGGAAGAUUUGGAUUUGGAAGAAAGCGAUUUGAACCAUGUUGCUGGUGAGCAAUGCAUGGAUCGCCUUGCCAAUAAGCUCGGAGGCCAAGUUGUUCUUCCGGUUACUUUCGAGUGGAUUCCAAAGUUGAUGUCUUCGGCCGCCUGGCGUGACCGUCAUGCCGCGCUCAUGGCCAUCUCAGCCAUCUCUGAAGGCUGCCGGGAUUUAAUGGUAGGUGAGCUGGACCAAGUCCUCCGCAUCGUUGUUCCUGCUCUGCAAGAUCCCCACCCACGAGUCCGCUAUGCGGGUUGCAAUGCUUUGGGUCAGAUGAGCACGGAUUUUGCGGGCACGAUGCAGGAGAAGUACCACCAGGUUGUGCUUAGCAACAUCAUUCCAGUCCUUAGCAGCGCUGAACCUCGUGUUCAAGCGCACGCUGCCGCGGCUUUGGUUAAUUUCUGUGAAGAGGCUGAGCGUAAUAUCCUCGAACCCUACCUCGCAGAUCUCCUGCGGAACUUGUUGCAGCUUCUUCGCAGUCCCAAGCGCUAUGUACAGGAGCAGGCUUUGUCGACAAUCGCCACAAUCGCGGACUCUGCAGAGAAUGCCUUCGAGGAGUAUUAUGACACUCUGAUGCCAUUACUCUUCAACGUGCUGAAGCAAGAGCAGUCCAAGGAAUAUCGUCUGCUCCGAGCAAAGGCUAUGGAAUGCGCUACUCUAAUUGCUCUUGCUGUCGGUAAAAAUAAAAUGGGCCAGGAUGCUCUAGAUUUGGUGCAGCUGCUUGGAAACAUCCAGCAGAGCAUUGUCGACGCGGAUGACCCUCAAUCGCAAUACCUCCUCCACUGCUGGGGUCGGAUGUGCCGGGUUCUAGGACAAGACUUUGUUCCUUACCUCCCCGGCGUGAUGCCGCCACUUUUAGCCGUUGCUGCAGCCAAGGCUGACAUCCAGCUGCUCGACGACGAGGACCAGAUCGAUCAGGUGGAACAGGACGAGGGCUGGGAGCUCGUACCGCUCAAGGGUAAAAUCAUCGGCAUUAAGACCAGCGCCUUGGAAGAUAAGAAUACCGCUAUCGAACUCAUCACGAUUUACGCGCAGAUCUUGGAGGCCGCUUUCGAGCCCUAUGUGCUAGAGACGAUGGACAAGAUCGCCGUUCCUGGGCUUGCGUUCUUCUUCCAUGACCCGGUGCGAGUUUCUUCGGCGAAAUUGAUUCCGCAGCUCCUCAACUCGUACAAGAAGGCACAUGGAAUACAGUCAGCUGGCUUUGCAGGCAUGUGGGUUAAGGUUGCAGAGAAGAUUAUCGAGGUACUGAGUGCUGAGCCCACUGUUGACACGCUUGCCGAGAUGUAUCAGUGCUUCUAUGAGUCCGUCGAGGUGGUUGGCAGGAAUUCUCUAGGCCCACAGCACCUGCAGGCGUUCAUUCAGUCUGCCAAGUCUACGCUGGAGGACUACCAAUCGCGGGUGAAGGCGCGGGCCGAAGAAAGGGCGGAAGCAGAUGAUGGUGAAGAGGAGAACCCAGACUACGAGUACGCCAUAGAAGAUGACCAGAACCUCCUCAGUGAUAUGAACAAGGCAUUCCACACAAUCUUCAAGAACCAAGGUACAUCGUUCCUCCCUGCGUGGGAGCAGCUGAUGCCAUUUUACGAUGCGUUCAUCACGAGUCAGGACCCUACGCAGCGGCAAUGGGCGCUAUGUAUCAUGGACGAUGUGCUCGAGUUCUGCGGACCGGAAUCCUGGCGGUACAAAGAUCACAUCAUUCAGCCACUGGUUGCUGGGCUGCGGGAUUCAAAUGCAGCUAACCGCCAGGCCGCAGCUUAUGGCGUCGGAGUUGCAGCGCAGAAGGGCGGGGAACCAUGGAGUGAAUUCGUUGCCGCUUGCCUUCCGAGUCUCUUCCAGGUGACGCAGUUCGCCCAAUCACGGACGGAAGAACACGUGUUUGCUACGGAAAACGCAUCUGCAAGCAUUGCCAAGAUUCUGCACUUCAACUCCAGCAAGGUACAAAACGCAGCAGAAAUAGCGGCCAACUGGAUUUCCACGCUACCAAUCACCUAUGACGAAGAGGCCGCGCCAUAUGCAUACUCUUUCCUCGCACAGUUGAUUGACCAACAAAACCCUGCGGUGAUGUCCAACGCAGGCCAGGUUUUCGGGUACAUUGUGCAAGCUCUGGAUGCCGAGACCCUCCAGGGCCAAACCGCCGGUCGAGUGGCCAAUUCCGCGAAGGCUUUGGUGCAAGCGACAGGCUUGAACGCGGAACAAAUUCUUGCUGGUGUGAGCCCGGAGAACCAGGCGGCCGUCCGCAGCUAUUUCUCGUAAUAUCCGUUUCAUGUCAUGAUUUCCUAUUAUUUUUCUAUACGAUACUGCAUUUUUCUUUUGAACUUCAAUCAGCAUGUUAAUUACAUGUCUAGACCAA